GUCUCUUCUGUGUACGGUUGCUAGCUAAUGGAUCUCGCGCUAAUAUCGAUGUACUGUAGAAAAUGAUGUAGUCUUUGAUUAAAAUUGAUAUUGGAUUGUGACAUUUGGAGCGAGAAUACCGGCACCUGUUAUAAUGUUAACUUAGGUGAGAAUAGGAGAAGGCAAUAAUAAGUGUAGAUCCGCUGUGCUGGAAAACAGUUCGUGCUGCGGCUAGCAGAUCAUCGAAUAGCUACUACUUGUUCGCUUCAUUUUCAUCGGCCGAAUGAAAAAAGUAGAUGCUAACACACACCUACUUGAAAUGAAUUAAAACCCAAAUACAAUGGGGUGUGAUCUUUGUUUGCGUAGUGCAGCCUUCAACUCUUUAAUUCAAUCACUGCUUUUAUUUUUCAAAUUAUGAUUUUCCGGUAGCGGUAUUGUAGAACUUGUGGUGCGUUUUACAGGACGUACUGAACACGUUGGAAUCAACCAAUGCUUAAGUAGAAAAAUAGAAGCAUUUCUUUUCCAAGAACUGCAAAAAGCUGCUUUUCAUGUAAGGGUUAAAAAGUUCUGGAUACUCACAUGAGUUUCAGGGAGGAAGACAAAAUGGGGGACAUUUUAGCCACUGAAGCCAAUCUUCUUGGGAUGAUCAAGGAGUACCUUAAGGUUGAACAGUUUGAUACCACAGUUAACAGUUUUGACAAGGAGUGCAAGAAUAAAGGAAAACUUGUGUCCAAGCCUCAAGGAAAUGCUCUGAGAGACGUUAAGACUCACAUCGUCCAGAAAGACCUCCUUAGUUCUUUCAAUGAAGGGGACUUCAAGGUAUUUUUUGAGUUGUGGACAGAGAAUAUUCCUUCUCAUCUCGUUAAAACUGAUACUGAGGCCCAAAAGCUGGAGUUCUACCUUUAUAUCCAUUUUACCAUCUACCCACUGAGAAGCCAACCUGAAAGACAAGACCAGGUGGAGUUUGCAGAGAGAAUUUCUUAUUUCAAAAAAUACCUGGAGACAUGUGGAAGGGCACUGAGUCAGACCACAGAGUUUCUGCCUUAUUAUGCUCUGCCUUAUGUGUCCAACCCCACCACCCAUCCCUUCUUCAAGGAUCUCUUUCAGGAAACCUGGAUACCAAAGUUGAAGAACAAACUUAAAGAGUUUGUGUCUGUGACAAUGAAACCACCAAACUGCCCAAGGCUGCUGGCGUUAUAUAAGGAAGGCGGAAAGAGUUCAAAAGAAGCCUUGCAGCAGCUCCAUGUACAGCUGGUUGAGUCAGAGCGCCGCUCCGCCAGCUACAUGCGCAAGUUCAACAAGAUGCAAGCAGACUACUACCAGCUUAUUGGCAUCACAGCUGAGCUCGUUGACUCGUUGGAGGCCACAAUCAGCGGAAAAAAUAUAUCGCCCGAGUACCUGCAGAGUGUGUGUGCUCGCCUGUUUAGCAGCCAGAUGAGGCAGAGCACGGUGCUGACGACUGACCUAACCCGGCCUGGCACUGGAUAUUACUCUAUGAGUCCAUAUGAUGAUGGCUAUGCUUCCUCAAUACUUCGAGCAUCCAUUGCACCAUACAGAUCUAGGGAAGUGCCAAUGCUGCCUUCUCUGGAUUAUGUGAAGCUAAAAAAGGACCUGCUUGAAGGAUCAGACCGUCUGAGGUCCCUAUUGCUUCAGGCUCUCCGCUGGAGACUUACUCGCUCACUUCCCGGUGAACAGAGGGACACUGCACUUCAGGCUUACAUAAGCAACGAUCUACUGGAACAGUACAGCACAAAGCAGGAAACGAUGCUUCAUUUACUAUCUUCAAAGAACGAAAUGGUGCGGCAGUACAUGGCUCGUCUCAUCAAUACAUUUUCCUCCUUUGCAGACGGGCGAGUUUACCUCUCCCAAAUCCCAUUGCUUCUAAAACUCCUGAUGGAAACACUCCGGGAGGAGAAGAAGGACUCCUUGACCAGAGAGAAUGUGCUGGUGGCUCUGCAGAAACUCAGUCUCAUGAGGAGCCAGCAGACAGCCAUGAUCGAAGAUGAUCUGAUUGGCUGGCUGGUGGAUGAACUGCAUGACUCCGACUGUUUGAGCGACUACACUCUGGAAUAUUGUGCAUCUCUUCUCAUGAAUUUGUGCCUGCGAACAAAAGGAAAAAGGAAGUGUGCAGAAAAUGCCAAACACGUGCUCAAAGUUCUAACUAACCUCCUCGGACAUGACAACCACGAGAUUCUUCCAUAUGUGAAUGGAGCCCUGUACAGCAUCCUGUGUGUCCCCUCUGUGAGACAGGAAGCAAAAGAAAUGAGUGUGGAGGAGAUCCUCCGCUGCUUCUGCAAGGAGGAUAAUCCAGAUCUUCACAGACAAAUUGGCUUCAUCAUGAAACAGCUCAACUCAGUGGAGGAAGAAGGGCCAGAGUCGGACGAUGAAGAGGACGAGGAUGACAAUGAUGAAGAUUUAAUAGAGUCGGACCGAGAUAAAGAGGAAGUUCUUCAGCCAAAGCCCAGCGAGCUGUCUGGGGAAAGUCUGCUUACUACAGAGUACCUGGGUAUUAUUACCAACCUCCCCAAAGUGAAGAUGACGGCGCAGCAUCAACCAAGCAUUGAUGAACCUCUACAGCGACCGGUGACCCCGAGCUCCCAUCGUAACACUCAUCUCGCAAAUUACCAGCCAGGCAGCCAGGGUGGCGUAGGUGGCAGAGAAGAGGGAAACCCUCACCUUGGACACAGAAGUGAGAAGGGAAACUCCCCUCCAUCCAAGAACGAUUCUCAACCUCAUACAAGCUUUGGCAAUCGCCCACGAACGGCUGACUCUCUGCGCCACAGCCCAGACUCACAGUACAGCCGACUAGCCAAGGCUUCUGAUCUGGAUCAAUCCUACGAGGUACGAGCCAGGAAAGGAACCUUCCAAGAGAGACACAAUGGACGUUUUGAUAGCGGAGAUUCAAUCUCUGGGUUUGCAAGCAGGCCGAGGAUAGGACGGACUCCUGAGCCGGGAGACCUUCAGAGAAACACUGCGUAUAGUCUGGCGCCCACAUUUUCCCAAGCUGAACCUCAACAAUGCAGUCGGCCGUGCUCUUCAAGCUCCCCAUGCGGAGCGAGACAGCAAAGUCGAGGUAGGCAUAAUAUACUCAAAACGAUGAGAAAUGAACACCACACAAAUACACUGAACCUCAACAAUGCAGUCGGCCGUGCUCUUCAAGCUCCCCAUGCGGAGCGAGACAGCAAAGUCGAGCGGAGAUUCAAUCUCUGGGAUUGCAAGCAGGCCGACAAAACCAACUCAGUAACACCCACUGGAAAGUUAGAGAAAAGUAGCCCCGACAUCGUUUUCACAGAUCAACGGGAAUUGUCGUGA